UCCUUAUGCAAUGAGCAAUGCUACCCUGGGUACAGCAGGAAAAAGAAGGAAGGGAAGAAAUUUUGUUGCUAUGAUUGUUCUCCAUGUCCAGAAAAUAUGAUUUCAAGCCAAGAGGAUUUGGAUUACUGUACCAGAUGCCCAGAAGAUCACUUUCCAAAUCACCGCAAAGAUGAGUGCAUUCCCAAGAUCCAAAGUUUCCUAUCUUUUGAAGAGGCAUUAGGUGUUACUUUAGCUUCUUUGUCUCUUCUGUUCUCUCUGAUCACAGCUCUGGUGCUUACAGUCUUCAUUAAGCAAAAGGACACUCCCAUUGUCAAAGCCAACAACCGAAGCCUCACCUACCUUCUCCUCACUUCUCUCCUCCUCUCCUUCCUCUGUUCUUUGCUAUUCAUCGGACAACCCAAUAAGGUCACCUGCCUCCUCAGACAAACAGCUUUUGGCAUCAUCUUCUCCGUUGCUGUUUCUUCCAUUUUGGCUAAAACAAUUACAGUGGUUGUGGCUUUCAUGGCCUCUAAGCCAGGAAACAUUUUCCGGAAAUGGGUGGGGAAGAGAUUGGCACAUUCUAUUGUCUUGUGCAGCUCUCUUGUUCAAGUUGGAAUUUGUGCAGUUUGGUUGGCUUCUUUCCCCCCAUUCCCAGAUUUGGACAUGCAUUCAGUGUCUGGAGAAAUCAUAGUUGAAUGUAAUGAAGGGUCAGUCACCAUGUUCUAUUGUGUCUUGGGCUACAUGGGCUUUCUGGCCACUGUCAGUUUCACUGUAGCUUUCCUAGCCAGGAAGUUGCCAGACAGUUUUAAUGAAGCCAAAUUCAUCACUUUCAGCAUGUUGGUCUUCUGUAGUGUUUGGGUCUCCUUUGUUCCUUCCUACCUCAGCACGAAAGGAAAAUACAUGGUGGCUGUGGAGAUCUUCUGCAUCUUGUCAUCCGGUGCAGGGUUACUGGUUUGCAUCUUUUCCCCUAAAUGCUACAUUAUUGUGCUCAGGCCUGAUUUGAACAAAAAGGAGCAGCUAAUAAGGAGAAAACAUUAA